AUGGAAGACUGUGAAAAGGACCACGAAAAUAAAAGAACUAAGGACCGCAGUCCAUCUCCUGAUGUCAAAUCCACAGCUGUAGUCAAGUAUACAGCAUUUCAAAGUCCUGUGGGUUAUGCACGCUUACAGUGCAACACAGAUCUUAAUUUACCUCCCUCUAAUUGGGGUGGGAUAGAUUCAUAUGGUUUGAAACAAAUUUUGACAAGGGGUACAGGUUUGUCGAGCUUCAGAAUGGCUCACCUGUUCCCUGAUUGUGUAGGAGAAGUAGAUGUGAUAUCAGAUGCUGAAUGCAUUAAAAAGCUGCUAAAGCUACCAUAUCAACCAAAUGGAACUGUGAGCAUGAUGGUACAUAGAGUGGAAAACACUUUAUUAUUAGAUGACUUCGAUGUGUAUGACUACCUCAUGAAGUCAGAAUGGUCCUGGUUGAAGGAUUUCUUUUAUGAGAACAUUCUUAAGACUAUGUCAGAGAAGGAGCGUAUGUCACUAACAUCAGCAAGAAGUGCUAGUGCUUUACAAUUGACCCACAAGUUUCUGUCUCACAGUGUGUUAGAGAGACCACAGCCUCUGCCUGCAUCUGUACCGAUAACACCUAUGUGUAUUGCUGGUCCCCAUCUCCCUGAACCGGACCCUCGCCCGGAAGAACCGACGCCAGAGAACUCGUACAAUCGCAACGUGUUAUGGACAUUUGAAGACAUUCAAAUGUUGAUUGGCAGCAAUUUGCCAAUCUUCGGAGAUAAGGAUCGGCCUUGCGUUAGCCUACGCCUGAGGGACGCUAGGGAACCCAUCAAUGUGCUGACUGGCAUUGACUAUUGGCUGGACAACUUGAUGUGCAACGUUCCAGAGGUGCUAAUGUGCUAUCAUUUGGACGGAAUAGUCCAGAAGUACGAGCCCAUGAAGACAGAAGACCUGCCCAAUAUGGAAAACUCCAAGUUUUCACCUAAAGUUGUAAGAAACGUGGCGCAGAAUAUCCUGUCCUUUUUGAAAUCCAAUGUUACGAAGUCUGGUCAUACUUAUUGGUUAUUUAAAGGUCCCCACGACGACGUGGUGAAGCUGUACGACCUGACAUCUUUAUGCCCGGACAGUUUGGAUAAUCCAUUCACGACGCCCGUGGCCAUGCUGCUGUACCGCGUGGCGCGCAACAUGCGCCUCAUGAACCGCACGAAGCAUGUGCGCCAGCUACUGGAGCAUGUCGCGCAACUGUUGCAAGUGGAGCGUUACCCGCAGAUUGUUGCGUCGUCGCAUUACAUGUUGGCCGACUUGUAUGUGCCGGCGACUACUAAUCCCGCCUGCCCGGACUUCAAAGAUGAAAGCUCAGAUUCUGAUGAGGAGUCAGACUUCGGAAAUUAUGCGGAAUUUCGAGAUAGCGCCUCGGACAGGGAUCCGUGCGAGCGAGAGAGCAAUACUUCUGAGCGAGACGACAAUAUCGAGGGAGAAAAUGAUACUGAGAAACAAAAGAAGGUAGAUGCGGAAAAUCUAUCGAGUAACAAAGAAAAUGAAGAACAGAAUAACUUGGUAAUAUCUCAAGGAGAAAGUCUUGCUUUGCAAGUGAGACAACUUACCCUUAAGGACGCCAAGAAUAAAUACACUCAUAAUACGAGUGGAAAGCAGUCAGGGGGUCCGAGUCUUGGCGUAGAAGUGCCAGAUAGAUGUGGUCGUGCGCUUUCACAUGCACUCAAAGGACUUUUGGCAUUGCACCAUAUUACUACUGAUAAAUCAACCGAGGAGGAACGCGCUCGUGUAAAACAGCAGAUAAUAAACGAGGAGCAACAUCCCAAAAUGGCGAACCCCUACGAACCGAUUAAAAUGGACUAUGAACCCAUCAACAAGAAGAUGGAGGCGCCCAAGGAGCACCUGUCAAGAAGCAGGAGGAGACGACGCGAAAGAAAGCAGUCAGAAAAGACUGAAAAUUACUUAAUAGAAGCUAAUUCUAACGUAGACAAGAACGCCAUUUUGAUUCGCAAAGAAAACAACGCUUACCCAACGUGGAACGAGCCGAACAGAGAUGAUAACUUCGCGUGGAAGUUGCAUCUUAAAACCUUGCUAUACGAAAAAAUAUGCUUAGCAUAUGCCACGCUAGCGGAGUACAGCUACGCCCAUGAGCAAUACGGUUUUUCUCUCAAAUACAUCGAUUUAGCCAGCAAAUGCCAAAAACUGUUAAGCAGCAUGAUAAUCAAGAGUAGGGUGGUGGAUCCUUCGUGUCUCAUCGGGAGGGUAGGAGAUAAUUACUUCCAAUUGAGUAAGAAUUGGAACAACCUAGGACAGUUUCAGAAGCAGUUUGAUACUGAUCACGAGAUCGAUGGAAGGAUUAAACAAGAGAUUGAGAUCGAUCUGGUUGAAGAGAUUGAAGAUGCAGUGUGCAAGGAUUUCGAUAUGAAUAUAAGAAUCCCUUCGAGCGACAUAGAAGCAAUGAUGUCGUCCUGUUCUUACUAUCGCCAGGCGAGUGAAGUGAGUCCGGGAGGCGCGCACAAGCGUGACGAAUUGCUCCGUAGACUUGCCUCUGUCUGCAACGAGCUCGCUGUUAGAUACAUGAACGAUGGCCAACAUAUCUACAUGAAGUAUGUUGACGAGCCGGAUCAGAAGAGCGUCAAAGCCAAGCUUCUACUAAAACAGCUCAACUCAAUGUCGAAAAAAUCGGCGGAAUGCCUCGACGAAGCGACCACCAUCUUCCAAGAUGUUAAAGACGUACCUAAUCUCGCAUUACUUUACUGUAAUAAGGCCAGGUACAUGCGCUUUAAGGCGCACUGCGACCAGGGAGGAUUUAAUGCUGAAAAGCGGAGUUACUACAGCCAAGCAGAAGAUCUCUACACUAGUGCACUUAAACUUCUGGGCCUGCGCGAGAGUUGUGGCGCGGCAUCCAUUUGGGAUUUGGUAUCCUGGGAACUUUCUUGCCAUCUUUACACCAAAGCUGUGUUGAUGCAAGAAUCACCAGCGAUAUACGCAAGUGAAGUGACAGAGGUGGCGGAAGCGUUCAAACACGCGCUCAAGUACUGUCUGCUUAGUCCCGGACCACGUCAGUAUCUGUACCAGUUCAGAGCAGCUAUGAUUUACCACAGAUUGGGGUCGUUGUACCAUUCACAAUAUAGGAUAACAAUGGAAGAUGGUCCCAAACGGCGAACUUUGUUGAACGCGACGUGUACGAACUACGACAAAGCGGCGACACAAUUCGCGGCUUUAGAAGACCCCUCCAUGUUUCUGACUGUGAGAUUGGAGCAUGUCGCCGCUUUAGAAGCGCAUGCGCAAGCAUCGCCGAAUUUAAAGCUAAAAUCCCUCCAAACCGCCAUAGAAUUACUAAGACAAUCACAUUCUGUUAUGACCUUACUGAAAACCCGUGACCAAGAAGAAAAGGACGCCGCUAAACCCGAAGAGAAUGACGAGAAGUCCCUGAAAAACGAACAUAGUCUACUAUGCCUAUACGAAAAUCGCUUGCAUCACAUACUAAAAAACAUUAUUCAAUACUGCCGAUCCAAAUCGAACAAAGAUUAUGAAAAAAUGACAGAUAUGUACAAGAAGCUGUACUGUGCCAGUUUGAAGAUUGUCAAGAGUGAGGACGUGAGGUCGUAUGCGGGUAGUAUAUGUGAUGUUUUAAUGACCAUGGACGGGAUAAGUAAGGAAUUUUCGUGA